CUUGAUGUCUUGGCGCUGUCUUGUACUGUGAUAUAGUAGUCAGGACUUUCAAGUCACUAGUUCACCAAUAAGGGAUAAUCAUUAAUAUUCAUGAUCUCAUAUUUAGUUCGUGUUUUUUUUUUAUUGUGGGCCUAUGCGGCUUCCCAACAAGACAUCUGAAGGUUUGUUACAAAGGCUUUGAGCUACACAUUUGAGACCAUAUGACUAUACACUGCAGAUGACUGAUCAGACGGUACACAUUUGAGACCAUAUGACUAUACACUGCAGAUGAUCAGACGGUGGGAAAAGUAUCUAAGUCGAUCACCAUCGGACAACGGUUAUGUUUGCUCUGGAUGUGGCAAAAUAUAUAGGUCGCAGCUUGGACUGCGUAGCCACUUGAAAUAAUGUUCUCGUUAAUCUUUAAGUUGUAUUAAUAUGGACUUCCUUGGCAUUCGAAUCAAACUUCAGAGAAUAUGUAUCCAAUAUAAUGUUGGUAUAUAAAGUUGUGUUUCUAUCUUCUGUUUUGACUCAAGUUUUGCUAAUGUCCCAUGGUUUGAGAAUGUGUAAACACUAUUCCAACAUGACCAAGAUUUACGCUGAAGUGAACACGUCCACUAAUUGUACAUUUUGUGUGUCAACUUUCGCUCAGAAAAUCAAUGAUUUAUUUCUAAUUGACAAAGAUGUGUUUAGUUUUCAUGAUUCAUCAACAAAUGUAAGAGUCACAAAACAUCCAGGACAGAUUUUCAUGGAAUUUUACAUAAACUUCUUUAUCACAAAUGUCACCAAUAGAUCUUUUAAAAACUAUGAGAUAACUCUUUCUGAUUCAGAAGAAAACACACUGAACUUGUUCAUUGAAGUCCUGCAGUCAGAACUUGUUUUGAAAACAGAACCAAAAGUUGGAGCUCUGUAUGAAAGUUUAAAAGCUGAUAUUAUUUGUCACUCAAGUCAUGAGAGAACAAUGAGUCUACAUUUGUAUAAACAAGGGAUAAAGAAAACCUUGAUGUCGUCAAACAACAAGACACUGACCUAUACAUUCAAACCUUUACGAUGUCAAGACAUGGGCUACUACACAUGUGUGUUAAAUCUGACAGGAGGAGAUAAACAAACAACAAACUUGGAUGUCAAGCUAAAUCAUUGUCCACCCGUGUUAUGUAACGGUCAGUUGUCCAGACAAAGUCAUCAAGUAGAACUUGGGGGGACAGUGACCAUUAACUACUGUGUUGUGUCACCAGACCUGACUGACCAGAUCAGCAUUAACGAACAGGUGUAUAUUUUGAACCAGCCAAAUGAUGGACACAUCCAGGUGAUGUCAAAUAUCAGUCUGUCUCCCUUGUAUCGUAACAUUAGCAUACAUGUCUCUCAUAUCGGACCUGGAGAUGACCAAGUCUAUACUGUCAUAUUGAACUCAUCAACAGGCAGACAACUGCAUCUACAGUUUGAACUGGUCUUACAGUCAGAUAAUCUACAUUUAUGUCAAGAAGAACUGAAAGAACAAAGUGUAUCCAUAGCGGAAGGACACAAAUUAACUCUAUCAAGAUGUAUCAAUGUAUCCCUACAUAAUGAGCUUCAUCGUCUUUACGUCAUUGUAAAUAGAACUACUUUCUAUAAGAAUCAGUGCAUCGACACUAAAUGUGUUGUUUGGUCUAGACAAGACGUGAACACUACAUUGUACACAAUAUUUAUAGUCAUUGAAAGUAUUACGAGUCUAGACUUUGGAGAGUUGAAUGUGACAGUUGGUACCAAGUAUAACCACAGUCAGACUAUCUCAGUAAUACAUUACACUUUCAACAUUAUCAGACAAGUAAAUUGUUCUUUGAAAGCAGAAGUUACUUCCCCUACUGGUGAUUCCCUGAACAUAUCAUGGAGCUCGGACUUGUGUCCAACUGUCCAUCUUCUGGUCACUGCCAGCAAUAGAAUAAUACAAAAUGUGACCUACAGAUCUGAUACAAGGGAUGUCCACGUUACAGGCCUACAGCAAGAAACAAUUUACAAAAUACAAAUGCAAUGUCUCAGUAAAGAGGAUAAAUUUGGAAGUCCAUCUUGUAUUCAAACAUUGUAUCAUCACACAGAUAAAUCUUCUGAAUUGCCGGACUCCACAUCGAAGUCUAACAACGGGGAAAUUGUUCUUAUAUCAACUAUUGUUGUCUCCCUUGUACUUCUGUCCGCGUUGGCUCUGCUCAUUAUGAUCCGGACAAAAUUACAAUCACAAAAGAAGAACCAUGCAUCUAUGUCUCAAACAGAAAGAAUCAGGUCAACAAAGGCGCAUCCCCAGAGUUAUUUACGAUUGUUUCCCGCUGGACUUCGAUCUAUAAAUAGAGCACAGAGUACAUCGCAAGACAUUGCUGAAUACUGUAACUGGAGACCAACUGUAAGAGAGGAGUCUGUUAAUUCUAAGGAGACUGGUCGGAGCGUGUCAAGGGAAGGUCUAUUGUACGUCACACUAGACCAUUCACACUACAAGAAGAAACGCAAAGCCAAGAAACAAUCGAGUGAAAAGAUUGUGUACGCUGAACUGAAGUUUUAGUUCCAACGUAAGCUGUAGAUAUUUGACUGAGUGCUGCUAAAAAAAACAUAAUAAAUUGAACUAUUUAUAGAAGUGUGAUUGGGUUGGACAAUGUGCAUAGUUUUAAGCCAAGCCUUCUUUCUUCUCUACAUAGUCUGUAAGACAUCUUUUUGUCGUCUUUUCACUCGGCUUCUGAAGUACAUUACAAACCAUCUCGACCAAGCAGGAUUAGACAAUAAUAACAUGUUACGAUUUUAACUUUGUGUGACACUAGUUUUGAAAAUGGCUGUAAAUCAAGUUGUUUUAGUUGCGAAGAAAAAUGUCCAUUUAAUUUUCUCUUCCACCGAAGAAAAUGUAUCAUAUUUAAUAAAAAUUAAGUUGUCUUUAGUGUUUUAGUGUCCAAGUUUUUGUUUUGUUUUUACAAGCUCAUAUCUACUCUGUCUGUCAGUCUGGUACAAUGUUUUACACGGUAUUUCGUCCACACCUAGUCUCUGAUCACGUGGAAACUUGACACAAUUAUUUGUUGUAUGUAACAAAACAUGAAUCCAUCAAAACAUUUACUUAUUAGUUAAUUAAUUAUUGGUAAUUUAUUAUUUUUGUUUGGUAUUGAAAAAGAGAAAUAAAUGCUACUUGUUGACAUA